UUCGAUUUUUUUUCAUUGAUUGAUCAAAACACAUAUCGUUUUUAAACCAAAAAAAAAAAUUAUAAAUUGAACAAUGAUAUUUGAUUAUCGAAAAUUUUUGUUUUGUUUUAUUAUUAAUUAUUCGUUUAUCAAUGGAACAACCGAAGUACUUAGGCCUAGAGGUGUACCGUUAACAAAAAAAUCAUUUUAUGAUCCGGGUAAAGAUUUUCAAUGUUUGGAUGGUUCGGCAACGAUACCAUUUUUAUUAGUUAAUGAUGAUUAUUGUGACUGUGAUGAUGGUAGUGAUGAACCGGGUACUAGUGCUUGUUCGAAUGGUGUUUUUCAUUGUUCAAACAUUGGUUUUGUUGAGAAAAUAAUUCCAUCAUCACGUGUAAAUGAUGGUAUUUGUGAUUGUUGUGAUGCAAGUGAUGAAUAUAAUAGUUCAAUUAAAUGUGAAAAUAAUUGUCUAGAAUUGGGUGAACAAAUGCGUAUCGAACGUGAAAGAUAUUUGGAACUAAUGAAACAAGGCAAUGAAAUUCGUCAAACUUAUAUUGCAACAGCUAAACAAAAAAUUGAUGAAACUAAACAAGAAUUAGAAACAUUAAAAUCACAAAUGAAUGAAGUAGAAAGUGUUAAAAAUGAAAAAUUUGAAGCGAAAAAUCAGGUCGAAGAAUUGGAAAAAGAAGCACUUGAAAAACAUCGAGCCAAAGAAGAAGAAUUACGAAAACAAAAAGAAGAAGAAGAAAUGAAAAUUAGAGAAAUUGAAGAAACUAAACAAGCUUCAGAUGUUUUUAUAAAACUUGAUACCGAUUCUGAUGGAAUCAUUACAUUGGAUGAAUUGAAAUCCUAUCAAGGAUUCGAUCGAGAUAAUGAUGGUUCUGUUUCGGAUGAUGAAGCCAAAUUUUUUUCAAACGGAUUGGAACAGCUUGUUUUACCCACAUUCAUCGAAUCAUCUUGGCCAAUGGUCAAACCAAUUAUCGAUAAUGAACCACAGAAUGAAGUAGAACAACAACAAGCUUCUGAAUAUCAAACUGAUGAUACUAAUCCUGAAACGACUAUGAAUGAAGAUGAAUCACUUGAUCAUGAAGAAGAAUCUGAUGACAUCGAACAUGAAUCGGAAAGUCCAUCGAUUCCAGCUGAAAGUACUGUAUCCACAUCGGUUACAUUGGAAUAUGAUGAAUCAACACAAAAACUUGUAGAUGAUGCUAAAAAAGCUCGCGAUGAAUAUAAUCAAGCCGAAGCACAAUAUCAAGAUAUUCAAACAAAAAUUCGUGAAUUAGAAGUUGUUUUAGAAACAGAUUUUGGACCGAAUGGUGAAUAUAUGGCAUUAAAAGGUUCAUGUUUUGAAUUGGACGAAAAUGAAUACGUUUAUAAACUAUGUCCAUUUGAUUCGGCUUCACAACGUUCUAAAACCGGUGGAACAGAAACUAACCUUGGACGUUGGGGAAAAUGGAUUGGUUCGGAACAAAAUCAUUAUGAACGUUUCAUUAUGGAAGGCGGUACACAAUGUUGGAAUGGACCGGCAAGAUCUGUUAUUGUACAUAUUAGCUGUGGUGAUGAUAAUCAAUUGAUUCGUGCAUCCGAACCAAAUCGAUGUGAAUAUAGUUUUGAAUUUAAAUCACCAGCUGCCUGCGUUUUCAAUCAAUCAAUACUUGAAUCAACCGAUAAUGUCCAUGAACAUAGUGAACUCUGAUCAUAUUCACUUUCAUCACUGUAUAUUUAAAUAAUUUUAUUAUCAUUUUAAUCAAUUUUUUAAUUUGAUCAUCAAAAAAAAAAAUUUAAAUCUAAAAUUAUUAUUCGUUCUGAUAA